GGGCACAUGAGUGUGGCACACCUCCUGUUGGAUCAUGGGGCCGAUGUCAACGCCCAGAACCGACUAGGGGCCAGUGUGCUCACUGUGGCCUCUCGGGGCGGCCACCUGGGUGUGGUGAAGCUGCUCCUGGAAGCAGGUGCCUUUGUGGACCAUCCCCAACCCUCGGGCGAGCAGCUGGGGGCAGGGAGCAGCAGGGACGAGCCACUGGACAUCACAGCCCUGAUGGCUGCCAUCCAGCACGGGCACGAGGCCGUGGUGCGUCUGCUGAUGGAGUGGGGCGCAGAUCCCAACCACGUGGCCCGGACGGUGGGCUGGAGCCCACUGAUGCUGGCUGCACUCACUGGGAGGCUCGGUGUGGCUCAGCAGCUGGUGGAGAAGGGCGCCAACCCUGACCACCUCAGUGUGCUGGAGAAGACGGCCUUUGAGAUCGCACUUGACCGCAAGCACAGAGACCUUGUAGACUACCUGGACCCACUGACCACCGUCAGGCCCAAAACAGAUGAGGAGAAAAGGCGACCUGAUAUUUUCCAUGCAUUGAAAAUGGGAAACUUCCAGCUGGUCAAAGAGAUUGCUGACGAAGACCCCAGCCACGUAAAUCUGGUCAACGGGGACGGCGCAACCCCACUGAUGCUGGCAGCUGUCACGGGCCAGCUGCCUCUGGUGCAGCUCCUGGUGGAGAGGCACGCCGACGUCGACAAGCAGGACAGUGCGCAUGGCUGGACAGCCCUCAUGCAGGCCACCUACCAUGGGAAUAAAGAAAUUGUCAAGUAUCUACUAAACCAAGGAGCUGAUGUCACCCUUCGUGCAAAAAAUGGGUAUACAGCCUUUGACCUAGUGAUGCUGCUGAAUGAUCCUGACACGGAACUUGUUCGACUGCUGGCAUCUGUCUGCAUGCAGGUGAACAGAGACAAAGGCCGGCCCAGCCCCCAGCCACCCCUGCCCCACUCGAAGGUCCGGCAGCCCUGGAGCAUCCCAGUGCUGCCUGAUGACAAGGGCGGGCUGAAGUCCUGGUGGAACAGAAUGUCUAAUAGGUUCCGAAAGCUCAAACUGAUGCAGACGCUGCCCCGCGGGCUGUCCAGCAACCAGCCUUUGCCUUUCUCUGAUGAGCUGGAGCCAGCUCUGGACUCCACAAUGAGGGCAGCCCCCCACGACAAGACAAGCCGCUCUGCAUUCCCAGACGCGGUCCCUGUGACCAAAGACUGUGGUCCUGGGAGCACGAGAGGAGAAAAGGAAGAUGCCUUAUUGACGACCAUGCUUCGAAACGGAGCCCCCUUCACCAGACUCCCGAGUGACAAGCUGAAAGCAGUCAUCCCCCCCUUCUUACCUCCUUCCAGUUUUGAACUGUGGAGUUCCAGUCGGUCCCGGAUAUGUCACAAUGGGAAGGCAGACCCCAUGAAGACUGUGCUGCCCCAGAGAGCCAACAGGGGCCACUCUGUAGGCAGCGGGAGCAUGGAUACUACUCCCAUCAGGCCCAUCAAGUUUCCAAGCCUCUCCAGAAGCCCAGCCUCUCCUGCCAAUUCUGGAAAUUUCAACCACUCGCCUCAUUCCUCGGGUGGUUCCAGUGGAGCUGGGGGCGUGGGACGGCACGGUGGGGAGCUGCUUAACCGCUCAGGCGGCAGCAUAGAUAGUGUCCUGUCCCAAAUCGCUGCCCAGAGGAAAAAAGCAGCUGGCUUAUCCGAGCAGAAGCCCAACCAUCGGUCAAGUCCUGUGGGGCCAGCGCCAGGAUCCAGCCCAUCUGAGCUUCCAGCCUCCCCUGCAAGCAGCAGCAUUCCCGGCAGCAAG